GUCACCUGAUUCUUGAGAUGCCAGCAACGACCUAAGCAGAUUCCUGGAACAAGAAUGCUGCUCCAAAUUGGGGUUAUAAAUGAAAAGAGAGGGACAGAUCAACAGAUGAAUGAAUGUGCCUCCUAAACUAAUUUCACAAUACCGACUUGAAGCAUGGCGGAGCACACCGAUAAACUUAUCAGCAUGGAAGCCAAUAAACUCAAACAUUCACAGAGUUACCAGGAAACUACAUCAGUGGGGAUUAAAAGAAUGCAAAAGCGAUUCCUUCAGAAAGAUGGAAGUUGCAAUGUUUACUUCAAACAUAUCUUUGGAGAGUGGGAGAGCUAUGUGGCUGAUAUUUUCACCACAUUGGUAGAUAUCAAAUGGCGCCAUAUGUUUGUGAUCUUUUCCUUAUCUUACAUCCUAUCCUGGUUAUUGUUUGGCUUAGUGUUUUGGCUCAUUGCACUCCAGCAUGGAGACUUAUUGCCAGAAGAAGAAGUCACCCCCUGUGUGGAGAAUGUCAAUAGUUUCACAGGGGCCUUCUUAUUUUCUCUGGAAACCCAAACCACCAUAGGCUAUGGAUCUCGCUGUGUGACCGAUGAGUGUUCUGCAGCAAUCCUGACAGUUGUCUUACAAUCUGUCUUAGGCUGCAUCAUUGACACAUUCAUUAUUGGAGCUGCCUUAGCAAAAAUGGCCACUGCCCGAAAGCGAGCUCAGACCAUCCGCUUUAGCUACUAUGCAACAGUAGGCUUACGGGAUGGUAAACUCUGUCUGAUGUGGCGGAUAGGUGAUUUUCGACCUAAUCAUAUGGUAGAAGGAACCGUAAGAGCUCAGCUCUUGAGGUAUGUAGAAGAUAGGGUAGGCAGGAUGAUAUUGGAAUACAAGGACUUAAAACUGCUAAAUGAUCAGAUCAUUCUUGCCACUCCAGUGACCAUUGUCCAUGAAAUUAACCAGGAUAGUCCACUGUACGAUUUUGACAGGAAAACUCUGGCUAAGGAAAAUUUUGAGAUCCUGGUUACGUUUGUUUACACUGGAGAUUCAACAGGAACAUCACAUCAGUCAAGGAGUUCCUACGUGCCUAGAGAAAUCCUCUGGGGACACAAAUUCAAUGAUGUUCUGCAACUGAAGAAAAAAUACUACAAAGUCAACUUCCUGCAAUUUGAAGAAACCACUGAGGUUUACGCUCCUUAUUGUAGCGCCAAGCAUUUGGAUAAAAAGGAACAAGAAUACACAAGUUGUGAUAAAACAACAAAUUUAGAAUCAGAAAUAUCCUCCUCUUCCUCCUCCUCUUCUUCCUGCUCCUCAGGAAUCAGAAUCAGAUCAUUUAGUGCUGAUGCUUUAAUUAUUCAUUCUGAGGUUUCUGGAGAAUCAGUCAAAAUUUCCAGUCCAAUGGAGCUUCCAUACGACAGAGCUCUGGCGACAUUAAGCAGAAUUUCAAUGGAAUCCCAGAUUUAGCAUUCAGUGACUUUUGCAGAACUGUACAACUAAUUUUAACAGCUAUCAAGCACACAAAGUUCACUUAAAUUCUAGUGGUUGGCUCCACAAAUGAAAGAAGAUAUUUACUGACAAAAUGUUGAUUGUGCUCUCACAUUCCUUUUAAUAUAUAACUAGCUGUUAACAGCUAUCUUUUUCACAAAUUAUUAAAUUUUGCAUAGUGGCACUGAAAGUUAUUUAUUGAAAAUUCAAACUUGUUAUUCCUGAAUUCGCAAAGAGGUAAUUAUUAUUUGAAAUAUUAAUCACAUUAGUCUACAAUUUAGACAUAUUUUGGAAUUGAUCCAGGUUUAUAUAAUUUUUGGAGAUUGACAAGAUAGCUUCGAAAUUGGUU